AUGAGCCGCCCCGCCAAGGACGACGCCCCCUUCAGCGCGCUGGCCUUCAAGAUCAUGACUGAUCCCUUUGUCGGAUCCCUCACUUUCUGCCGUGUCUACAGUGGCAAGCUGGAGGCGGGGACCUACGCCCUGAACUCCAACAAGGGCCGCAAGGAGCGCAUCGGGCGCCUCAUGCUCAUGCACGCCAACAACAGGGAGGACAUCAAGACCGCCUUCACCGGUGACAUCAUCGCCAUCGGCGGCCUCAAGGACGUCAUCACCGGCGAGACCCUGUGUGACGAGAAGGCCCCCAUCGUUCUGGAGCGCAUGGACUUCCCCGACCCCGUGAUCAAGAUCGCCAUCGAGCCCAAGUCCAAGGGCGACCUCGAGAAGAUGGGCAUGGGCCUGGCCAAGCUGGCCCAGGAGGACCCCUCCUUCGGCUUCAGCCGCGACGAGGAGACCGGCCAGACCGUGAUCGAGGGCAUGGGGGAGCUGCACCUGGAGAUCAUCGUGGAUCGUCUCAGGCGCGAGUUCAAGGUCGAGUGCGACGUCGGCGCACCCCAGGUGAACUACCGGGAGUCGAUCAGCCGCCAGUCCGAGAUCCGCUACGUGCACAAGAAGCAGUCCGGCGGCAGCGGCCAGUUCGCUGACGUGGCGAUCCGCUUCGAGCCCGGGGAGCCCGGCAGCGGCUUCACCUUCAAGAGCGAGAUCAAGGGCGGCGCCGUGCCCAAGGAGUACAUCCCCGGUGUGACCAAGGGUCUGGAGGAGUCCAUGACCACCGGCAGCCUGGCGGGCUUCCCCGUUGUGGACAUCACCGCCACCCUCUACGACGGCUCCUACCACGAGGUCGACUCCUCCGCCCUCGCGUUCCAGAUCGCCGCCCGUGGCGCGUUCCGCGACGCCAUGGGCAAGUGCGGCGCGCGGCUGCUGGAGCCCGUGAUGAAGGUGGAGGUGAUCACCCCCGAGGACCACAUGGGUGACGUCAUCGGGGACCUCAACUCCCGCCGUGGCAUGGUGAACAAGUUUGAGGACAAGCCCGGCGGCAUGAAGCUGGUGCAGGCGUUCGUCCCCCUGGCCGAGAUGUUCCAGUACGUGUCUGUGCUGCGCGGCAUGACCAAGGGCCGCGCCCAGUACAGCAUGCAGCUGGAGCGCUACGAGGUGGUGCCCCCCAACAUCCAGACCGAGCUCGUCGCCAAGGCGCGCGGCGGGGCCGUCAAGGCUUAA